GAGACUUCCGUCCGAGGAGAUUAAGCCCCGCCCCUUCCGACUCCGGGAAGCAGCAGGUUCGCAGGAUCCUUUCGCCCGCUCCGCUGCCAUGGCGCUCCUGUGCUCCGGUGGCCGUUCGCUCCUGCCUCCCCGCGUGGCCGCCCUCGCGGUCCGAGCCAGCUCCUGGUGGGCUCACGUGGAGAUGGGCCCCCCCGACCCGAUUCUGGGGGUGACGGAGGCCUUCAAGAGGGACGGCAGCGCCAAGAAGAUGAACCUGGGAGUGGGCGCCUACCGGGAUGACAACGGGAAGCCCCACGUCCUGAACUGCGUCCGCAAAGCAGAAGCCCAGAUAGCUGCUAAGAAGAUGGACAAGGAAUAUUUGCCCAUAUCUGGGCUAGCAGACUUCAACAAGGCAUCAGCUGAACUGGCUUUGGGAGAAACAAAUGAGGUUAUACAGAGUGGCCGGUAUGUUACCGUGCAGACAAUUUCUGGAACUGGAUCUUUAAGGGUUGGUGCCAACUUCUUGCAACGAUUCUUCAGCUCCAGCCGUGACGUGUUCCUCCCCAAGCCUUCCUGGGGGAAUCACACCCCCAUUUUCAGAGAUGCCGGAAUGCAGCUACAAAGCUAUCGUUACUAUGAUCCCAAAACGUGCGGCUUUGACUUCACUGGAGCUUUGGAAGACAUUUCUAAAAUUCCAGAAAAGAGCAUUAUUCUAUUCCAUGCCUGCGCUCACAACCCCACUGGAGUGGACCCUCGUCCAGAGCAAUGGAAGGAGCUGGCGGUAGCAGUGAAGAAAAGGAACCUCUUCACCUUCUUUGACAUGGCCUAUCAGGGUUUUGCCAGCGGGGACAUAAACCGAGAUUCAUGGGCCGUCCGUCACUUCAUUGAGCAAGGCAUUAACAUUGUACUCUCCCAGUCAUACGCCAAGAACAUGGGCCUCUACGGGGAGCGUGUGGGAGCCUUCACUGUCAUUUGCAAGGACUCCGAGGAAGCCAAGAGAGUGGAGUCCCAGCUCAAGAUCCUGAUCCGCCCCAUGUAUUCCAACCCCCCCAUCAAUGGGGCUCGGAUAGCUUCCAUUAUUCUAAACAGCCCUGAUCUGCGAAAGGAAUGGCUAGCAGAGGUGAAGGGAAUGGCCGAUCGCAUUAUCGGCAUGCGCACCCAGCUGGUGGCCAAUCUGAAGAAGGAAGGUUCUUCUCAUAACUGGCAGCACAUCACGGAUCAGAUCGGCAUGUUCUGCUUCACGGGACUGAAGCCGGAACAGGUGGAGCGGUUAACCAAAGAAUUCUCCGUCUACAUGACCAAGGAUGGUCGCAUCUCCGUUGCAGGCCUCACCUCGGGCAACGUGGCUUACCUGGCUCACGCCAUCCACCAGGUGUCCAAGUGAACAGGGAGGAUUUUUCCAGAUGGCUUCGUACUCUGGCUAGGCUGGGGGGAGAGUAGGAGGAGCAGCAGCGCAUAGCACAAGCAUUUCCCUCGCUUUUCAUCAUCCGUCACUUGGCUGUGUGUCGUGUGUCCCCCCCCCCAAACUUCAUCACUUGAGGUGACUUCCGGUCCUGUGUGCAAACACUCCGGCAUCCUCUGAGCUGGCCUAGGAGACUCUCGGCCGCUUUGCGAGGGUAGCCUUCCCCAGGACUACGGCUCCCAUGAAUAGCCAGCCUAAUUUCAAGUGCGCCCUGUUCAGUCUGCCUGCUUGGAGCGGAUAUCCUUCUCCCAAACUCUGUGCCCAGAGAUUCAACACAAGGCGCUCAAGGAAAAGUGACUUGCUUUCUUGCUAGAAACAGUUCUCGUCGUUCCUAUGACAGGAAUAUAAGGCACCCCCACCUCCAUUUUCCAAUAGAAAGCAGUUAGCACAGUAUUUUAAACUAUUCACUGAUGUGACCCAGGCCCAAGUAGGUAGGAAACUCAGUCAGUGAAAAAAGCAAACUUUAUUUGAACACCUGAGAAUUACUUCAUUCUCAACGUAGUUCAACUAAAUUAAAUCAGAUUCCUCCCAAAACAAAUUCCUCAGUCAUAUCACAAAUCUUGGUCCAAUUAGGCAAACUGCCAAAGGCCUUUCUUGGCAAACUUUCAGAAGACACGGAUACAAAAAUAAAUGCAAGAAGACGAAGCUACCUACAUUGUUUUCCGCCAAACACCGCUGCUGGUCUUUUAAGCCUUAUGGGAUGGGCCAAUCAUCUCUUGGCCCUACUCCCGAGUCAUCCUCUCUGCUUGAGCUGCUCAUGCCUUCUGGCACCUCUUCUCAUGCGUGCAUAAGGAACAGGCUCCUCCUCUUCCUCUGCCUCACUACUGUCAGUCUUCAGAGGCUCCAGAGUCUGCACAUCCCUCCCUGAUGGCCCUGGCCCCACCUCAGCCUCCGAUGCAGAGCCCUCAUCCGGGCCUUCUCCAGCCUCAUCACUGUCCAACUCUGUUGCUAGGUCCACAGGCUGCUGGCGGACCACAACAACUGACAGGGUUGAUUCUGACUAACCAUAACACAUUAAAUUGCCUUUUCUUUCUUUUGAGAAACCCUCGUAUGUCUCUGUCCAGGAUGGGAUGCUUGUGUGGAAAGUCUUCCUCCUGGGGUAAAGCUUUGCAAAGUUGGCAUAUGCUGUGGCUCUUAAAAAAGACAACUUGUCCGUGUUGGUUUUUCUCAGCUGCUCAUCUCACCAAGGAAAUAUUUUUAGUGCUGCUUCAGUUCCGGUAGAGAUAGUUACUCUGAGGUAUUUGGCAGAACGUCCACAGAAAUGGAACAUCACGUCUAUCAAGUAGGACAGAAGUUGCAAAACUGACCCCCAAAUAUUCGCACUGCAACCCCUCCUUUAUGUUACGAACACUUGUAUGAUGGAGCCCUGAAUCUUCUGGUGUGUCUCCCCCCAUCUGAAAGCAGAGGGCAGGAGAAAGCAGCCAUCAGCUUCUCAACCAAUGAGCUUUACUAGCUGCGCACCCGUCCAGUGCCAGGUUGAUGUCGGGGUGCUCUGCCUCCCCAACUGCACCGUCUGAUUGUCCCUUCAGAACCCCAAGUGGGGAGAAGCAUUCUGGGAAACGGGGAGACCUGCACAGCUGCAGCCAUCAAAUGCCUCCCGUGGUCCAUCCAUCCUAUGACGCCUCUUCUCGAAUCAGUGGAACAGCAAAGCCAUCAAAAGAGACACGUGGUAGUUGUGUGGCUUCUGAGAAAACUGUCUUUCCCACUUGGGAAGCCAAGCACAGGCGCCUCUUCCAGCCUGGCAGGUUCCCCCCCCCCCGAGAGGUGGUGGGCAACCUGCCUCUUGUGCAGCUGCUGGGCUUCAGCCAGCCCUCCAUGAAGCCGCCAGUCUCUGCCUUCCUUCUCUCCUCCCCCCCUUUAAUAAAGCUGCUGUACAUCAGA